AUUAUCAGUCAGACUUUGGACGUUGACCCGUUAACAGUGCGUUGUGCGGCGUGUGUAUUGUUGAGUAGUAGCUGCAAAGAAGUUAGUUUUAAUAGUCUCACAUAGUCGUUUGCGUUUAAUUAUUGCAGUAUGGUCUGUUUAUUUUAACCGUGCCUAGUGUUAUAAUAUUGCCGUGGUCGGAUUGCAAAAAUUAAGAUUCGUCAUGCUUCAGCAGAUUCUCAAAGAUAUGUACGUGGACCCAGAGCUUUUGGCCGAGCUGGACGAAGCUCAGAGGCAGACUUUGUUCUGCAGGAUGCGAGAAGAACAAGUCCGGCGUUGGAGUGAGUGGGACUUACGGGACGGCAAUAAAACGACCAACUCCAAAAGACAACCGAGCAAGAAAAAAGUGCAGUGGAUGUUGGACGAGAGCGGUGAACCUUGGACGUGGGUCAUGGGAGAGCAUAAAGACGACAAAACCAUCGAGCAGAUAAUUGAAGAGGAAGCCAGAGAAGCCGCUAGAGUGCAAGCAGAACAUGAGACUGAACAAUUAAGAUUGAAGGUGGAGUCGGAGCUGCUUGCAAUGUUGGAGAACAAAACAAAGGUCCAGUAUAGCGCUCAGGAAAAGAUGCACUCACACGAGAGCGAGGACAUUUACUGUUCGGUAGAAGACUUAAAGACCCGAACGACGAGAGACCCGUGCGUAACGACACAGCCGAUUCGUGGAGCAUUGAAAGAACUGUCAUUCAACAAAGUAUCCGAGCGUGUGAGAAAUUGGGAACAGAGACUUAUGGAGGAACGGACCUCGGAAAUCUAUAAGAGGAUGAAGAACAAAAAAGAGGAAGAAGCAAGAAGAGCCGAAGAAGCCGACAAGAAGCAAGAAAUCGUUUGGAGAGAACGAGAGCAAAGAGCAAAAGAAGCCGAGUUUCAGAGACGGCAGAUCGCACGUCAAGCCAGAGAAGAACACAGAAGGUCGUUGCUGUGUACUGAAAAACCGUUUUGCGGCGUGUUAAUACCCAACUCUUCUAAGCCGCCCAGUAAAAAGGCCGUCAUUGAAUGGUUCAGAGCGAAAGAAAUACCCAGAAGAGCCGGUUUCGAGCAAGAUAGAAACGCCAUAGCCACAUGGUUCCACGGUCUUAUUACAAGACAAGAAGCCGAAAUUUUAUUAAACAAAGAACCAGUCGGAAGUUUUCUAGUGCGGUUAUCCGAAAAGAUCUGGGGCUACGCGAUAACAUAUAGAGACUACGACUGUUGCAAACAUUAUUUAGUGGACGCGUCCAAUGGCCAUUAUCAAUUCUUAGGUGCUAAUCAAAUACCUCACAAUACACUAAGUGAACUGGUCAGUUAUCAUAAGAAGAAGCCGAUUACUAAGACUGGAGAAGAAUUUUUGCUGAGACCAUGCAAUCGCUCUACAAAAAUACCACCACUUGUUUUUCAAGGUUUAUUAAAAACUUGAGAACACGAAUAUCAUUUUUAAGUCUUAUUCAAUUGUAAUUUUAAUUUUUAUACCUCGUUCGAUAGAAAAUAAUGUAUUAUUUUUAAUGGUAAUAUUAUAAUUUUUAUAUUUUAUACACGUACAAGUUAUUUUUAAGUACCAGUUAGUACCUAAUUAUUCUAAUUUUAUAAAAAAUGUUUUAAAAUAAAAUUCGUUUUUUUUUA